CUCAUGAUGGAUUCCCCAAGCAACACUUCCACUCUAAAUCCAAUUCCGCCUUCUAAACUACCCGAUCCGACAAAGCCGAAGGCGGAUUUUCUGGAGUCCUCGUUUUUUGCGAAACCCAAUCGGCGCCUCCCAUCACCAGCGGAAGUGAAGGCUUUAUCGCGCGACUUUACGAAAUCCCGGCAACAGCCCGUGGUAUUCGAACACCUCAACCUCAUUGUCAAACUUGGUCGUACUGUUACUGUUGCCGAAGCUCAGUGCCUGUGGAUGCUGAGACGGGUUUUCGGUGACACCGUUCCAGUACCUGAAAUCUACGGAUGGAGAACCGACGAAGACUAUGUCUUUAUUUACAUGGAGCUCAUUGACGGGCGGACUUUGCACGAUGCCUAGGAUGAUUUGAAAAGCACAGAUAAAAGAGUACUCUGCGAUCAGCUAUGCCAGAUCAUCGGUCGUUUACGCCAACUUGACCAGGAUCCAGACUGGU